AUGUUCAAACCUAUGUCAACAUUAUGUCCAGAAUAUCAAGUCAGUUUACAGCAAGAAAGUGAAGUAGAGGACAUGGUUGUUAAACGUGGCCCUAUCCUUGCAAACAAGGAAGAUUCUAAUUUCAAUGAAGCAUUGAAGCUAUAUGAAAGUAAGCAAUAUAAAAAGGCGUUGAAGCUCGUUGAACAAACGUUGAAGAAAAACUCGAAUCAUGCGGAGUCGUUAGGGUUAAAAGGGUGUAUUUAUCACUUCAAUGGUAACAAGACGGAGGCCGAACAGUAUAUUGUGAAGGCUGUCAGCAAGGCCCCAGAGAACUAUCUUGUUGAUCAUCUUGCGGGAAUCUACUACAGGGCAGUCGAUAACCACAGAGAAGCCGCAAAGUGGUUCAAGGCAGCAAUUGAUAACGGGUCGCCGAAUAAGCAGAUCUUGAGAGAUUUGUCGGUAAUGCAGGUACAGAUCAGAGACUUUAAGAAUUUGAAGGAGUCGAGACAGGCGUAUUUGGAGAGCCAACCGGGAUACAGGGCUAAUUGGACGGGGGUGGCCGUUGCGCUCCACUUGAACAAGAAUUAUGCGGGAGCGGUAUCGACUUUGUCGAAGAUUGAAGGUAUCAUCAAGGAACACUUGCAAGAAUCCGAUAUGUACGAACACUCGGAAUGUGUCUUGUACAAGAACUCGAUUAUUGGCGAAUCGGGCAACUUUGAGAAGGCAUUGGAGAUAUUGGAUAAGGACGAAAAUGAAAUCAAAGAUAAGCUCUCUUUCAUGGAAUAUCGUGCCAAGUACUUGGUUCUCUUGAAUAGAAAAAAAGAAGCUUCCGUUAUCUAUCGUCAAUUAUUACAACGUAACCCAGACAAUGUUGAAUAUUACAUUCUAUUAGAGACUGCAUUGGGAACAAGCGGUCAGUCUCCUGAUAUUAGAUUGAAGUUAUACGAAAAACUCGCCAAGUUUUACCCUCGUUCGGACCCACCUAAGUUUCUACCAUUAACAUUCUUGCCUGCUUCUCAUCCUAGCUUUGUAGUCAAGGCAAAGGAAUAUAUUUUGACUCAGUUGCAAAGAGGUGUCCCAGCUACCUUUGUUAACGUUAAACCUUUGUAUAAGAACAAGGAAAAAUUGGCUGUCAUUCAAGAAUUCGUUCUCGAUUUUUUCCAAAAUGAGGCACCAAAAUUGAUUCCAACCAUUACGGUUUGGACCAUGUACUUCUUGGCGCAGCAUUAUUUGUAUUUAAAUGAUUUGCUUUCGGCGGAAAAGUAUAUCGAUCAAGCCUUGGUCCAUUCUCCAACUUUGGUUGAAUUAUACAUUGUUAAAGGCCGUGUUUUGAAGCACUUAAGAAGAUUUGAAGAGGCCAGUGACGUUAUGGAAGAAGGUCGUAAAUUGGACUUACAAGAUCGUUUUAUCAACUCGAAAGCCACCAAAUAUUUAUUAAGAGCAAACAAAGUAGACGAAGCUAUUAGCUGCAUCUCAUUAUUCACCAAGCUUGAUGAAGAUGCUGUUAACGGUUGUAAAGAUUUACAUUUAAUGCAAGUAAAUUGGGUUUUAACUGAAAGCGCAGAAGCUUAUUCUAGGUUAUAUCAUCAAUACGAAGCUCAAUUAGCUAAGAUCGAUAAGUCAGAUACUGACGAAGAAACGUUAGCUGCUGAAUCAGAACUAAUUGAUAAGAUUGAAUUAUAUAAAGGUUUGGCUUUAAAGAGAUAUCGUGCAGUUAUCAGGAUCUUCAAGAUAUUUUACGCAGAUCAAUUUGAUUUCCAUUCAUAUUGCUUAAGACGUGGUACUCCAAGAGACUAUAUUGAAACAUUGAAGUGGGAAGAUAAUAUUCACUCUACCCCUAUUUAUUCUAGAGUUCUCAAAGGUUUGUCACAGAUUUACUUCGAAUUGUACCAGCAACAGCAAGACCAGAAGCUUCAGAACGGUCAAGAUUCUAAUGAGGAUAUUAAAUUCAAGAAGAAUAACAAGAAGCAGAAGAAAGCUAAGGCUCAAAAUAUGAAGAAAAAAGAAGAUCUCAUUUCAAGAGUUGAAUCUGAAAAGAAUGAUAGAGAUCCAUUAGGGUCGCAAUUGCUUCAUGAGUUGUUAACUGAUAGCAAUGGUAAGCUUUUAGACAACUUAUUCGAAAUGGUGAAACCCUUAACUGAAGAGGCUAAGAAUAAUAGAUUAACGUGGGAAUUGGCUUUCGAUUUAUACUGUAAAGAAGGCAAGUAUAUUUUAGCUAUGCAAGCAAUUAAGAAUUUGAAUAAAAUCCUAGAUCCCUAUAAUGAGAAGAAAUUAAGACAAAUUGGAGAAAUGGUUGUGAAUUUGUCUCAUGCGUCUACAGUCGAUUCAACUGCCAAUGCAGCAAUUGCAAAAGUGGUGGGAAAAGGGUUGAGCUCUGCAUUCCCAGAAUUCUCUGAAUUGGAUAAAGAAGGAUUUUUAAAAGUAUAUAGUAACUAA